AUGGCGUUCUUCUGGGCCAUCAAUCACUACAAGAGCAUUGCUGGCUCUGAAGUAGAUAUUGGUGGAGUAGCUUUCGAUAACUGUGGUCGACAUGAACAAGCAAUCGAAAACGUCCUCAGUUUCGCUCAAUGUAAACUGCGCCCUGAUGGUGUCGAAAGACGACAACUACUGGCGUAUGUUGGUCCAGAUCGUAGCAGUGAGGCUAUGGCUUUAGGACGCACCAUGACCGACUUAAAUAUAACUUACAUAAGUCACUCUGCUACGUCUCCUGAUUUGAGAGAUUCCAAAAGAAUUCCAUAUUUCCUUAGAACAGUUCCAUCGGAUGCCAACGAUGCUCUCAUCAUGGCACAAAUGGUAACAAGAAUCGGUACAAAGUAUGUCAUGAUAGUCUAUAUGGAUGAUGCUUAUGGUAGAGCAGGAAGAGAGCAAUUUACAGCUGAGAUUCAAAGGGAAGAUAAAUGUGUGGUGCAAGCGGUCAGAUUACCGAUUAACCCUACCCCUGCCGAGAUACAGGAAGUCACCAACAUGCUGAUUGCCAAGCAAGUUGUGAAAUACGUAGCUCUCUAUACAGAUGCUGCACAUGCCAGAGUGUAA